AUGGCGCACUCUGAGGGACGCGCUCAGGGGCCAUGCGGGAAGAGGUCCGAGGAGUCUUCCUUCACCCGGGAGACCUCUAAGCGCAGUCUCCAGGAAGAACAGGUGUCUGCCAGGCACGGGGCUGUGAGCGCAGGGACCGGUGUGAUGCGCCAGACUGGGCAGCGCGUUGAGACCAUCCUGGAGUUUGGAUUCAUGUCCCAGCUACCGGAGAAAGCACAAAACUGCCCUAACUCCCGGGUCAUACCCAGGAGCUCCCCUCGCGCGCGACCCCCAGUCCCGGGCCGCACUGGUUGCUCCCGGCCGCCCCCUCCCGCGCGUGGUAUGGCCCGGCGGGCGCCCACUCCGGGCGCUGGUUAUAAAGGCCCGGCUGCCGCAGGCGACUGCGGACUCAAGAUGCGUCCCAAGGUGUCGGCGCCCGGCGACGCGCGGCACCGGUUCAGACCCCGGGAUCCGGCGGGAAUCACCCUCGCGUCCCCACUCGCAGCCAAUCCGGCUCCAGAGCCCUCUGCGCAGCUUGCCGCCGCCUGCGCGCGGACACCCGCGCCGGGCCAGGGAGCAGGAUCCAGAGCCCCUUCCGUCUCGGGACGCCCGGCCGGAGCUCGCCCGACCUCCAAGGCUGGAUCGGCGGCAGGGGCCCCACGCGCGUCCCCAUUCUCAGGCGCCCGGCGGAAUGCCCAGGCCGUGCCCGGCACCUCGGACGCGCCCUGGACCCGCUUCAUAUUCCAGGGGCCCUUUGGUCCCCCGGCCAUCGGCCUGGGGACUGGAAAGGCGGCGGGCAUCUGGAAGACGCCGGCCGCCUACAUUGGCCGUCGGCCUGGGGUGUCGGGCCCCGAGCGUGCCGCCUUUAUUCGGGAGCUGGAGGAAGCGCUGUGUCCUGACCGACCCCCACCAGUUAAGAUCACCCAAGAAGAUGUCAGACUGAUGUUAAAUCUGCUAGAGGAGGUGUAUCCCAGAAAACAGGAAAGUAUUCCCCAUGGAUGGGGAUCCCCUCUGCAGAGAGAGCAGGACCUAAAUACGGUGGCUCGCAUUGGCCAGUCCCUGGCGAAACGGAACAGUGUUCUGAUGGAGGAGAACAGCAAGCUGGAAGCCAUGCUGGGCUCAGCCAGGGAGGAGAUUUUACACCUCAGACACCAGGUGAGCUUGCGAGAUGAUCUCCUCCAGCUCUACUCAGACUCUGAGGAGGAGGAAGAGGAGGAGGAGGAGGAAGAGGAAGAGGGAGAGCAGCAGCAUGAUCAUCCCUAUGGAGCCUCUGAGCCGUGAGUGUCCUGCCUUUUCACCGGGGCAGCUCGUUCUCUGACUUCCGUGCAGGAGUCUGAGUCGCCACACUACUGCCCGAAGCUGGAAACACUGCAGGAGCAGCUGAGGCGGCUGGAGGAGGAGAACGAGCAGCUGAGAGAGGAGGCCUCUCACCUCGACGCCCUUGAGGAGGAGGAGCAGAUGCUCAUCUUGGAUUGUGUGGAGCAGUUUUCUGAGGCCAGCCAGCAGAUGGCUGAGCUGUCGGAGGUGCUGGUGCUCAGGAUGGAGACCCAUGACCAGCAGCGGAGGGAGGUCGCCCAGCUUCGGACCCAGGUCCUGACGCUGCAGCAGCGCUGUCAGACGUAUGGAGUCCAGACGGAGAAGUUGCAACGGCAGCUGGCUUCGGAGAAGGAAAUCCAGAUGCGGCUCCAGGAUGAGAACCUGCAGGUGGCUUUCCAGCUUCAGGACCUGCGGGAGAGGUACACGGAGUGUCGGGGCAUGCUUACUGAGGCCCAGGAGGAGGCGAAGACCCUCUGCCAGCGAGCCCCGGUGUCCACUGGCCCUGUCACCCACUACACAUACACUGUACCCGUGGAGGCCCUUCCUGGUUUCCAGGAGACCCUGGCCGAGGAGCUCAGAAUGUCUAUAAGGAGGAUUAUCUCAGACCCUGUGUUUUUUAUCGAAAGGAACUUUGCAAUGUCCCGGGGGAGCGGAAGAACGCGGCAGAAAGACGUUCCUGUCUCCCUGGCCAGGUACAAGCUGUGCUGCGGUGAGGCACGAGAGCAGGAUUGGGGGUUCGAGGCUGAGAGAGGGUUAAUGACAGCAGAGGAUUUUGUGCCUUCGGAGGAGCUGGGGGCCAGAGAAGAGGGGGUGUCAGCUGAGGAGGGGUUGACAGAAGAGGCAGAGCUGGUGUCGGAGGAGGCUGAGGCCUGGGAGGACGUAGAGCCGGAGCUGGAUGAGGCGACGCAGACGAACGCAGUGACCUCAACCCUGGCAGCCAGCGGCUUGGGCCCCUCUCACCUAAGCGUGAGGCGUGUCCUCCGGCAGCUGGCUAACUGGCAGGACUCGGGGUACAGGUGGCAGCUGAGGCAGAAGAUGCUCCAGGAAGGUGAGUGCUCCCGCAGGGGCCUCCCUCUGGCCAGCCGGACGAGCUGCAGAUCAUCAAGCCGAUGA